AUAUUGUGUUCAACUUUUUGAAAGCAGCUCGUGACCCCGAAACUGCAUCCCCCGGAGCCGGGGACCCAGGCGCCGGGCGGGCGGACGAACCCGGCCAGUCUCCUCCCCAUCCAACCCCCGCCUCCUGGUGGGGGCGACCUGGCUUCUCCUCGCAGCAGCCGGGCCAGCCCGGUGGGAGGCUGGGCAGGUGCCACUGGCCCUGCCGAAAGCGCUAAAAUCAAAAACCGUCUUUACUCUGGGAGAAUUGAGGCAAGUGGGGCAGAGACACCGCUCGGCGACACCCCCGCCCCCCAGCCUCUGCCCCAGCGUCUGCCUACCCGCCGAACCCCGCCUGCUCCAGUGGCGGCCUCGGGAGCGCAAAACCAGGCUGAGGGCGGCGGCAAGGCGCGCAGCUUUGUGCGCCGGGACCUGGCCAGGCGGAUGGCAGCUCAGAGCUGUCUGAGCCUCCCUGCAAAGCCGAACUCCAACUACCACCCACCCAGCCCACCUCGCGGACCCUCUGUCGCCAGAGCCUUUCCGCUGUGGCCGAAGCACCACGCCCGCCGCCUGGAACCACAGGCCAACCCUAGCGCAGAGCUGCGAGCCUGGCCAGCCGCUCUCAGCAUGAUCAGAGAAAGAAUUUUCUUCUUCCAACUUUGGCUUUCGGUUUUGUGCAUGCACGUUUCGGAAACUCCGGAGCCAGCAGACCCCGAGUGGAGCCUCAACAGGUGUCCGGGUAAGUCGGUUUACAGAAUUCCUGUUAUAUCGUCAGCCCCUCCCCGACCCCCUUCCCUGUCUCCUCCCUCUUUCCUCCUGGACAGACCGGAGUUCCCAGCGCUCCUCCCGCUGGAGGGACCGGGUGGUACUGGUAAGGGGACGCGAUGCCCUUCCCUGGGAAUCUUCGGGCUCCUGUUUCCAGCCCAGGAAGCCUGGAUGGCGACCCCAAGGAGUUCCGACCUGUACUCCCGAGUCCCAACCACUCUUAACUCUCUAGUCUGGGCCCUGGACCCCCGAGAUGGGGAAAGAGAAAGAGUGAGCCGCAGCACCUCACGAGCGAAGGCUACCGGAAGGGGGACAGACGACCUGGUGGCCGGGCGGCCUUUGUGUGUGGGUUCACUGAGGAAACCAAACUAUUCAUUCUCUUUCGUGAGAUACCUGGGAUCCGGCCUGGGUGGCCCACACGCGCUUCUUGGUCGUGCGGCUUCUCACGCCCCGGAGCCCGAGCCCAGCGCCGAGCAGAGCUGCCCUCCCCCCAACCCCCGCCUGCCAAGAGCCCUCCUGCCCAGCCACCGGCGCCCCGACCUGGAGAACUAAGAGGGCCCCAGGAUGGGGCGCAGGAAGGAUCUUACCUGCAGAAAGCCUGACCCUAAAUGGGCACCGGGGCAGCUUGGGCACCCGGACACACUUGAAGGGCCUCAGCCCUUCAGGCCUCUGAGGUCUGGAGUCUAGACCGUGGGACCUGGCCUGGGAAGAAGUAGGGGAGAGGUGGUUUCGCUUCUCUGGAAUGAGCAGGAGAGACAGAUUCAAGGACUACCGGUCAGACUGACUUUCGCCCUUUAAGAACAAACUGACCUGAAGUUAAACGCCAAGUCUACAUCUUUUUGGAGAAAAAAACGCAUCUACCAGAUUUCAGGAACAGCUAAGGAACCGCUUCCAGUCCCACCAGAACACGUGCACACGCACCACACCCCUCACCCCUGAGCACCGAGAGGCGUCCCCGCUGGCCUCUGAGACAAGCUGAAGCACCAGCGGGAAAGUCGGAUUCUGGUAGAGGAGUAUAUCCGACCGCCGCAGGAGAGCCCUGGCCCCUCUUCCUAGUCCCCUUUCUUCCUGAUUCAGGCUCAUAGGACUACCUGCAGGGCCCCUGAAGGAUGGAGAGGCCCCAAGGGUUUGGGGGUACGCUAUGGAUGUCCGCUGAGCUUGGCAAAACGCAGUGGGAGCUGGAAGAGGGGCCAAGGUGGGCUCAGGCCAGUUCCGAUUUACAAAUACUGGUGUUCUUGGAAGAGUUUUGCAGAUCACUCUCCUGGAGGCGCCAGGAUUUCCACUAUUGGGUGCCCACCCUACCCGGAGCCCCGGAGCAUAUUUGGCAGCUAAGUGGCUUGGAUGAGGUGUGCAGGAGACCUCAAGACCUCGGCCUCCCGUCCCCACCCCGUAUGGCCUGGUCUUGCCACAAUCUCAUGGAAAGAGGUAGUAGAGGCUGGUCCUCCCCCAAAGGUCGACAGGCGUGGGAUCUGUCUGAGGGUCUCUCUCCUGAAAGGUUG